GUGGCGGGCCCGGGAGGGGCCUCUCUUUUGGGACUCCGGCACGGGGUCGCAGAGCCAAGGGGGCGCGGAGCACAGUUACAUCAACAUGCCUUCCUUCCCGUUGCUGGAGGCCACCUUCAUUUUCCUGCUUUCUGGAGUACGCCCAUCUCAUCCUCUUCAGGAAGUCCACGUAAGCAGGGAGACCAUUGGGAAGAUUUCAGCCGCCAGCAAAAUGAUACAGUGCUCAGCUGCUGUGGACAUCCUGUUUCUGAUAGAUGGCUCCUACAGUGUCGGGAAGGGGAGCUUUGAAAGGUCCAAACACUUUGCCGUCACGGUCUGCGACGCUCUGGACAUCGGUCCCGAGAGGGUCAGAGUGGGAGCACUGCAGUUCGGUUCCGUCCCUCGUCUGGAAUUCCCCUUGGAUUCGUUUUCGUCCCCACGGGAAGUGAAGGCAAACAUGAAGAGCAUGGUUUUCAAAGGAGGGCGCACAGAGACAGGCCUCGCUCUGAAAUACCUUCUGCGCAAAGGGUUCCCUGGGGGCAGAAAUGCCUCUGUGCCCCAGAUUCUCAUCGUCGUCACUGACGGGAGGUCCCAAGGGCACGUGGCGCCGCCAGCCAAGCAGCUCAAGGAAAGAGGUGUCACCGUAUUUGCCGUCGGGGUCCGGUUUCCCAGGUGGGAGGAGCUGCACGCGCUGGCCAGCGAGCCGAGGGAGCAGCACGUGCUGAUGGCUGAGCAGGUGGAGGACGCCACCAAUGGCCUUUUAAGCACCCUCAGCAAGUCUGACAUCUGCACCGUCGCCUCUCCAGACUGCCAGGUCCAGCCUCAUCCCUGUGAGCGCAAGACGCUGGAGACGGUCAGGGAGCUUGUGGGCAGUGCCCUGUGCUGGAGAGGAUCGCGGGGGACCGAUGCCGUGCUGGUGGCACCCUGUCCCUUCUCCAGCUGGAAGAGAGUGGUCCUAACCCACCCUGCCACCUGCUACAGGACAACCUGCCCAGGCGCCUGUGACUCGCAGCCCUGCCAGAAUGGAGGCACGUGUGUUCCAGAAGGACUGGACAGGUACCACUGCCUCUGCCCACCAGCCUUCGGAGGGGAGGCUAACUGCGCCCCGAAGCUGAGCCCGGAAUGCAGAAUCGACGUCCUCUUCCUGCUGGCCAGCUCAGCGGGCACCACCCUGGAGGGCUUCCUGCGGGCCAAGGCCUUCGUGAAGCGGUUUGUGCAGGCCUCACUGGGCGAGGACUCCCGGGCCCGCGUGGGUGUGGCCCGCUACAGCGGGGAGCUGAUGGUGGCCGUGCCCGUGGGCGAGUACCAGGACGUGCCGGACCUGCUCAGGAGCCUGGAUGGCAUCCCCUUCGGCGGGGGCGCCACCCUAACGGGCGGCGCCUUGCGGCAGGCGGCUGAGCGCGGCUUCGGGAGCGCCGCCAGGACGGGCCAGGACCGUCCCCGCAGAGUGGUGGUCCUGCUCACCGAGUCACCCUCCCAGGAUGACGUGGCCGGCCCGGCGCGUCGUGCGAGGGCCCGAGAGCUGCUCCUGCUGGGAGUGGGCACCGAGGCCGUGCGGGCAGAGCUGGAGGAGAUCACAGGCAGCCCAGAGCGCGUCCUGGUCUACGCCGGCCCACAUGACCUGUUCCGCCAAACCCGUGAGCUGCAGGGGAAGCUGUGCAGCCGGCCGCCGCCAGGCUGCCAGGCACGGUCCCUGGACCUGGUCUUCGCGUUGGAUGCCUCGGCCUCCGUGGGGCCCGAGAACUUCGCCCGGAUGCAGAGUUUCGCGAGGAGUUGCGCGCUCCGGUUUGACGUGAACCCCGACGUGACGCAGGUCGGCCUGGUGGUUUACGGCGGCCACGUCCGCGUGGCCUUCGGGCUGGACACCCACGCCACCCGCGCCGCGGUGCUGCGGGCCGUGAGCCAGGCCCCCUACCUGGGCGGGGUGGGCUCGGCGGGCACAGCCUUGCUGCACAUCCAUGACAGGGUGAUGACGGUCCAGAGGGGCGCCCGGCCUGGUGUCCCCAAGGCUGUGGUGGUGCUCACAGGCGGGCUGGGGGCGGAGGACGCGGCUGUCCCCGUCCGGAAGCUGAGGAACAAUGGCGUCUCUGUCCUGGUGGUGGGCGUGGGGCCCGUGCUGAGGGAGGCGCUGCGGAGGCUCGCGGGUCCCCGGGACUCCCUGCUCCACGUGGCAACCUACGCAGACCUGAGGCACCACCAGGACGCGCUCAUCCAGUGGAUAUGUGGAGAAGCCAAGCGGCCCGUCAACCUCUGCAAACCCAGCCCGUGCAUGCACGAGGGCACCUGCAUCCUGCAGAACGGGAGCUACCGCUGCGAGUGCCAGGACGGCUGGCAGGGCCCCCACUGUGGGAAACGGUCCUUGAGAGGAGAUGCCCCCAAGGCCCGUGGCUCCCGCCGAGACCCCUCCCAGCAACUGCCCAGGUCUGAGCACCCCGGGCGCUGAAACUGCCGCGGCGUCCGUGGAGCAUCCUACCUCCGGCUCCGCGCAGAACCCUCCCGCCCACGUGCCUCCGCCACAAAGAGCUGUCCCGGCUGCAGACCGUGCUGCUUGGGGACACUGCGACACCUGACUCUACCACUAAUGCCGAUGCUGAAAAGUGUUGACAUGUAAGUAUUUGCAUGCUUACAGUUGUAAGCAAUUGACAUUGCUGUGCCUGGCUGUGCCCCGGUGAGCUCGUGUCGUCGGCCGCCUUUCCCCUGAAGAGAAACAAAGGAGCGUGGAGACCCCUGAUGGCCUGUUUGGAGCAACCUUGGCUCUCACCAGAUGCUAAAUAGGAUGUCGCUGGGAACGGUAAUAGGAGGAGGCGCGGACUAGAGUGGUGUUUGGACCACUGAAGCCACGGCAUUUCGAGAUGGAAAAAGCGUGGACCUUUUCACACCUCUUUUCCCAAAGAUUUCCUAGUGCGUUUGCUUUCGGUUCGACAAGGGGCUUGUGUGGCAUUUGUGACUUCUUCUGGUUUCUGGAUCUGUGCGUGGCAAAGACCUAAAAAAGGCUCGGGACUGGAAUGUGACCACUAACCAACUUGUUUGACUAUGGGGGUGGGGCCAGGUGAAGAUGUCCCAGGUCCUGGGCUACAUUCCCUUUGGGGGGGCUUCCUCGAGAGAUUACGUAGGGGGGC